CCCACGCCAGAGGUUAAAUGGUAAAUUACGAGCUCUCAAAAUACAACAUCAAUCACUCCACAGCCAAUGUGAGAUUGUAAUUCAUGACCUUACUUCACCAAAAACUUAAAAUCAAUUGACUAAAAGUUUUUUAUCUGCAAACGAUGAGAGUUUUCUUCUUCAAGUCAAGUGUUAUAUCAGCGGGCAAGACGUCCCAUGAGUUUUGAGGAAGCAGGCAACUGUAAACAGAGAUUGAAUCAUGAAGAAAGUCUUGGCGUUUUUCCUUGUAUUUCUGCUAACAUUGAUAUCAACAAGUACAGAUGCUGUUAUUGUGUCUCCGAACAAUUCUGAGGGUAGACUAAUGGAGUAUAUAUUUGCCAACUACAGUUCAGAUAUCCGUCCAGUAGCUAACAACCAUGACCCCGUGGUGGUACGUUUUGGCAUUAUGCUCAACCAGAUCAUCGAUGUGGAUGUCGUCAAUCAAAUUAUGAUUGUCAAUGUAUGGAUCAGAAUGUUCUGGAAGAAUGAGAUGUUCAAAUGGAAUCCCGAAGAAUUCGGAGGAUUAAAAUCGAUAAAUGUUGAACCUUCUAAGGUGUGGGUCCCAGACAUUACACUGUACAACAGUGCAUCCAAGUCAGGAAUGAUUGACUCUUUAUACAAAAGGAUUACCUCCAAGAUCAUCAUCUCAUCUACUGGAGACAUAACGUGGCUCUCUCCAGCCAUCCUCACCACGGCAUGUAGCGUUGAUAUCCUUAACUUCCCGUUCGAUUCACAAAAAUGCCUUUUGGAGUUUGGAUCAUGGACGUACAAUGGCUUGAAAAUCGAUAUUCAACUUCACCAAGACAAAGUCGAUCUCUCAGACUACAAGAGUAACAAAGAAUGGCACUUGGAAGACGCCCCUGCAGAGAGAAUCGUUAUAAAGUAUUUAUGCUGCCCAGAGCCUUACCCAACUCUGAAGUUUUAUCUUCUCAUAAAAAGAAGAGCAAUGUUUUACAUUUUUAACUUGAUCAUACCAUGUGGGAUGAUCACACUUUUGUCGUUUUUUUCUUUCAUCCUACCACCGAAUUCCGGUGAGCGAGUGUCUUUCGUGAUAACUGUCAUGUUGUCUUUAAGCGUGUAUAUGCUGCUGGUAACAGAGAAGAUGCCACAAGCCGCAGAAACACCCUUAGCAUCCGAGUUCUUCAUGGCCAUGUUGGUCCUUGUUGCGGUCUCUUUGGUUGUCACUUGUUUCGUUAUCAGAUUCCACAGCAAAAAAACGCCAUUUCCUCCAAUUCUUCGAAAAAUCUUCAAUGAAAAGCUCGCGAAAAUAUUAUUUAUGAGCGCCCCGAAGAAAAACGAGGUUGACUCCCAAAUCGCUAAGUCCAAAAAGGAUAAGCCUUUCUGUCUUACUAAUGGUGGAUUUCUAAAUGAAGAAGCGGUUCUCAAAAUGACGAGACUUGUCCGGCUUCAUUCAUUACAUCAUUUGGAAAAACCAGAAAAUUACGAAGAAAAUAAUGGAAGCAUAGAACGAAACCGCUCUAAUCCAAAUGAGCGCGUCAAAACAACAGAAGAGUUCGAGAAACUACUUCACGAAGUGAGGUUUAUUUCCAAAAGCUUUCGAGAAAUCGAAACUGAAGAAGAAAAAAGAAGUGAAUGGGCCUUUUUUGCGGACGUAUUGGAUCGUAUUAUUUUUCUAAUUUUACUAUUCGGCAGCGUAAUUGUUUCUGUUGGUAUUUUCUCCAAAAUUCCGCGCAAUUUCGUCAUUGAAUAGCAUCACCUCAGAAAAAGAACUUUUGAUUAAUAGUACUUGAAAACAAGCUCAAAGCUUCACUAUCUCUAAAUUCCCUUGUGUUGUCAUGCAAGUUAAAACAAGAAAAAGACGUCGAACCAGACAAUGUAUUGGAACUAUUUGGUGCCGGUCGCAACAUUUACGACCAGGAGGUCUCGAACUACACAAAUUUGAAGUUAAGUUAUUUAAAAGUGACAUGUCCAAAGUGGUGGUUCAGAUGAUAUGGCAAUGACAGCCACUGCUACUUUAAAAAGGUUAAUAUUCAUUGACACUUACUGAAGAGAGGACCGUUAAUGCAAACACCAGGCUUUUUUGAUUUUUUGAUUUUUUUCAGGUUAUCAUUUCCUGAACUUUCUACUGUUUUAAAUCCUAUAAAAUGAAGCAUUGAAUUCAAAUACUACACUGAGUGAUUAAACUAAAACCUCAUGAUAGUUUUGAUUCAUCAGCUCAGCUUUUUAAUUAUAAAUUAACUAGCCAAGCUUUCGAGCAUCUUGCUCUUCAUCAGGGUAAACGGUUGUGACUUAACUUGGCUUAACUUAGCUUGAUUUAUAAUUAAGAAGCUGAUGAAUCAAAACUACCAUGAAUCUCCACUCGUCUUACAAACACUUAUUGAAAAUAAACGUAUUUCCAAAAUCACAGUA